UCUUGUGCUGCUCCACACUGUGACCAAUAGGGGGCGGUAGUGUAUCUGAAGGCUGGCCGUUAGGUGUCAGAGCAGCACCAGAGAAGAGGCAGUGCUAUGUAACUGUGAGUGUGUGUAGGUCAUGCUUCCUGAGUCCAACAUGUCUGUGGUCUGCCCGACUCUCCUGCUCUGCGUGUACGGCUUCUUCUCCAACCUGCGGCCGUCGGAGCCCUUUCUCACCGCCUUCCUGCUGGGACCGGACAAGAACCUGACGGAGACGCAGGUUGUCAAUGAAAUCUAUCCAGUAUGGACGUAUUCCUACCUGGUGCUGCUGUUCCCCAUCUUCCUGGCCACUGACUACCUCUGUUAUAAGCCUGUGUUGAUCCUACAGGCCACCAGCUUAGUAGUUACUUAUGUUAUGCUGCUGAAGGCGCAGGGCCUGCUGGCCAUGCAGCUCCUGGAGUUUUUCUUUGGACUGGCCACAGCCUCUGAGGUGGCCUACUACUCCUACAUCUACAGCGUGGUGGAGCCGGCGCACUACCAGAGAGUGACGGGUUACUGCCGCAGCAUCACUCUGUUUGGAUCAGCUGCUGGAUCGCUGGCCGGACAGUUGCUGCUAUCUGUGGCCAAAGUCCAGCUGCUCCACCUCGUCAUCAUCACUUUGACGUCGGCCACCGUGGCCUUCAUUGCUCCCUGGUUUCUACCUAUGCCCAGGAGGAGCUUGUUCUUCCACAAGAGUCCAGGAGCAUCGGAGGAGAGGCCACAGGACAGCAAUACCACCCUGCUGGAGAAGGCUGAGGAUUCAGAGAGCAAAGUGCCUCUGAACACACAGAAGGCCUCCAUGAUAUCCAGGUCCUCUGAGGCAGAAAGUCAUCGGAGCGGUCUUCGAGACGUGCUGCGGAUGUUAUUUGAUGACUUCCUGCAGUGCUACAGAUGUCGCCCUCUGCUGGCCUGGUCUGUGUGGUGGGCUCUGGCCACCUGCGGCUACUUCCAGGUCGUCAACUAUGCUCAAGCACUGUGGGAGAACAUUUGUCCAUCCAGUGACUAUGAAAUCUACAAUGGCUAUGUAGAGACACUGUCCACACUGCUAGGGGCUCUGGCGGCUCUGCUGGUGGGUUACCUGCCUGUGUGCUGGUCUCUGUGGGGGGAGCUGGUUCUGUGUGUCCUCUCCCUGCUAAUGGCUGCAUGUGUGUUUGUCAUGGUCACACCAAGGAACAUCUGGCUGUGUUACAGCUCAUACGUCCUCUUCAGAGCCACAUACAUGCUGCUCAUCACUGUGGCUACGUAUCAGAUCGCAGCCAGUCUCAACAUGCAGCGCUACGCCUUAGUGUUUGGAGUGAACACCUUCAUGGCUCUGCUGCUGCAGUCUCUGAUCACUGUGGUGGUGGUGGACUCAGCUGGCCUCGGUCUUGAUGUCUUCACUCAGUUCCUCGUCUAUGGCGGUUACUUUGCUGUCAUCUCUGUGGUCUUCCUCCUCGCUGGACUUUGCAAACUGGCCUCCAAGAGGCGCCCUGAGCAGGACGUCCUGGCCAACAGCCCAGCAGAAACCGAGUCCGACUCUACCUUCAAACAGUGACGCCAGCUCCUACUGAGAGCACAUGCUGAUAGAUAUUAGCUAGCUUCUCACAGACUGAAGCAACAAAGGAGAGUGAGCAGCAACAAGCUGAGCUUCAGUGAAGUCUUCAGCAUGUUAAAGAGUGACACAGCAGAAGGGUCAGGACAAAAUGCACUUAUUCACCUCAGUUCAUCUUUAAUAUCGGACUCAGAGUCUGUUAGAGAACCAUACAGCAUAAAUACGUAGAUUCAAAUCAAAAGACAAACAUUACCGCUGAUGAAGGAGCCUGCAAAGUGUUGACUCAUGCAUUACAGAACAAGUCGCCUUCACUCCACCUUGUAGGUUCAGUCAUUUAUAGGAAGCACCAGCCUUUGUACGCUCGCCUUUUUAAACUCACCCCCCCCGAGAGGGAAGUACUGUACUACUACAAGUCCACAUCUUCAGACAUGCACAUUGAGCACACAUGCAACAGAGAUGAAGUGGACGACAAACCCUGGACUGGACAGACAAUCUGCCUGCAGGUAUCUGCUGAUCUAUCACACUGAACUAUGCACAAAAUAUACAGUAUAACCAAAACAAAGAAGCUGUAAAUCUCUGUAGAGCUCCAGUGUCUCCAUUCUUUGAUUUCAUUUUAGAUUUUUGGGCCACGAUUUGAUGCUGAUCAGUUUUUGAUUUGAACGUUUCGUUCAGCUGUUAGACUAUCAAGUCUUGGUUUACAUCAACAGAUAGUUGUUUGUAAUGACACUGACAACUCUAAAGCCAGACGCUCACCUUUUAAAUAAUUGAUUUACAUAACAAUACUUUGAAUCCUGAUUCUGAUUGAUACUUCCACAUAUAUCAAAUCCAUAUUGUGACCCCUCUGUGUCACACUAUUUAAAUAAACUGUUCAGAAUUGCAUUUCUGUCCUUUUCCCAGCUCACUGAAGCCUUGUUGAUGCCUUAGUCUUGAUGUCAAAUGCUAACCAGACUCCAGGAGUGGUUCUUCUGUGUUACAUUUAACACCAGCCAAGAAGAUGCUUGUAUUUUUAUAUUCAUUAUUUCCUCCUGUACAUGCAUAGAUUGUGUAUUGCACUGUUACACUGAUACUGAAGUACUGAUGGGGAGUGUCAAGUCUAUCAAUAACUGUAUACAAUGAACACAAUACUGUUGAAGCUUGUAAUGUUACACUGUUCAUGAGCACCAUGUUACAUGAUCCGUUAGUGCCUGAAAGGUCAGAAAUACCUGGAGCUGCUUCGUUUGAAGGAGAAGGUAUUUGUUGUUAACGAAUCCAAUGAAGAGACCCAAAUAUCUGUGUUAGUCUGUCAGUACUGUCCUCAGUCUGUGCUCCUCAGUUCUGAGCCCAUUAGCUCCUACUGAGGAUGUGAAACACAAACAUUUCUGCAGCUGGUCACUAGUUUUUAUCAAACAUUACUCAAACAGGAGGAAGUGUAUUUGUUGGGGACUGUUUUCAGAAGCUGGACGCUAUGUGUGAGAUUGAGUCAAAAUCAACAUUUGUUAUAGUUUUUGGAGAAGAAUGUAGCUUUAUGGCACCACAGAGGGAGAACAUCCAUCAGACUUUGAUACGCACACUUGUUAGGAUACAUUGAUGCUGGUUUGGGUCUGCACAGGAGAUUUGUUAACAAUAACACCAAACUCCUCUUAAUGUGUCAAAGUGAUGACCAAAUAUAAUUUCUAAAUACCUGCAGAGGAAAUUGUGUUUUUCAAGAUGUAUGGAAUUGUAGCUUUAUAUAUUAUAUAUCUAUGCAUAUGUGUAUGUGAGGCUGUAGAGCAGGUCGUCCACUGGUUGGUUCAGUCCUGUGUGUGUGUGUGUGUGUGCGUGUGUGUGUGUGUGUGUGCGUGUGCGUGUGCGUGUGCGUGUGCGUGCUGUGAAUCUCUUUGCAUAAGCACUUUAUAAAUACAGUCCAUGUAGCAUUAAUUUCAUUCCACUGGCCAAAUGUUGCACUGUAACACAACUGCUAAACAAAGUACUGUUCAUUAGACAGGCGCUGUGCCAGCCACAAAAUUUAAUAAACUAAGCUCAUGUGUCGCUUCAUAUCAAUACAAAGGACUAAUAACAGUGUUGGAUUAGCAACAUUAGAAAUGUAGCUCUGCUAUGAUUACUUUGUUUGGUCUGCAGUACAAUCACACGAUGACAAGUGCUUUCACUAUUUGUCUUUUCAUGAAAAGAAACUGUGUGUAUGUGUUCAUUCUUUGUACUGUGUACAUGGUCAAACAUUACAUCCUGUCAGACCUGUAACAGUGUGUUGUGAUGGUACUAUGAACACAUGGACUGUGGUCACUGCAUAGAGACAACUACUUUGAUUUGAUUUGUGUUCCUGUUUUUUGUUUUCUAUAACUCUAAACAUCUUUUAAUAAACAGAAAACUGAUUUAAAACAAUUGACAAUUUAUUGAAAACAAAAGUAAGAGUGCAUCAAGAGUACAUCAAUGUCUGAACCUGAACAUCAGUGUCUAUCCAAUAGUUGUUGAAAUAUUUCACUCAAAAGCCAAACUGUCAGAUGUUUUAUCAUCAAGUGAAUCUAGAGACAUUUCACUGGAUAAAAACAUGUUGAAGAUAAAAAGGGGGUCAGGGUUCAGCCUCUGGGCACCACAAAUGGUGGUGCAGACUUUGUGGCAAUCCUUUCAACAGUCCAAUCCAAACUGCUGAUUCAAUUCACGUUAUCCCUGGAGUCACACUGCUAGUGUGGCUGAACAUUUGAAAUGUAAUUUGUGUGAAAGAUGUUCGAAGAACACAGCUGACUACGCGGACAUUAAGCUGCUCAAAUGAUCAUCGCUUUAGAAAGACGGAAGAUGUGUUUGUCAGUGCAAAGCAGCUCACACAUAAUGAAGAAUGCUUUGGACCUGACUUACUGGUCUUGACUGAGACUAUCCUAGACUCUGGACUGUAUUGCUAAGACUUGUUGAGACAUUUUAACAUGUUAUGCUUCUCUGUGACUGGAGAAAAACUUCAUACCUGACACUGACUGAUAAACACUGUGAUAUGUUUUUCUGUUGGCCUGUGGUGAGAGAUACUCCUCAGUUAAAGACCCACUGUGACCUUAUAUUUACACACUUAUCGUGAAAGGUAACAACAGCCUAUUAUUGGGUUUGGCUCACUCUUCAGCUUACACAACAGGACGCCAUACUGUGAGCCAAACACCUGAGAGUCCCAGAGAAAGUAAAAGAUUAGUAGAAUUAUACAUGGUCAUUGUGAGAACAGUGGAAUCAUUCAGGCUGCUGCAGGUGGUAGGCCGAGUCUGAAGGUUGACCAUGAGAAAAUGCUGCCAUCUACUGGCCACAGUGUCCUCUGCCUGAACUGUCUGUGUUAACGUUUCAAUAUGGCUUAUUUACAGUACACCUGCAAUGGUAUUUCAGUGAGAUGCAGGAUGAAAAACAUAUUCCUUCAUUUCCAGAAUAAACUGCUGGUUAGUUUUUUUUUUUUUUUUUUAUAAUACUGACAGACAUGAUAGUAAAACUUGAAGCUCUGCAUGUGAUUAGUCAGAUUAAUGAUCAUUGUUUUGUGAAAACAAUGUUUCAUGAAUUCAAAUUAACCAGACUGUUUACGUUGUAGGAACAACUUUUCAGAAGCUUAUGAAAAUCUGAAAAAUAAUUUCUCACCAUGAGGAUGAACUGUGUCAGACUGAACCGCAUGACAAUGAUUUAACAACAAAUGUUUAAAGUCACAUAUUCAUAAUGACAAAUGUUUUGUGAAGUGACAUUCACUGUUUUAUUUUCAGUCUCAAUGGUAUUUAUCUUUUGUUGAAUACAUAAUAAAUAGACUUUUCUGGUGGCAGUUUUUCUUUAUUUCCAUAUAAAAAAAAACAUACUAGUAAUCAUUUACAUUUUGGAAGACACACACUUCUGGAUGGAAUAAAAUAAAAUAAAAUAUACAUGACUUUAAACCGUGUUGAUUAAGUAUUCAAAAAAAAAAAAAAAAAAAA